AUGCCUCUUGGCAUCUGGACUUCCUCCUUUGAUUCCUCCACGAUCGUGAGCAAGAUCUACGAAAUCAUUGCGCAAGAGCGGCUGGGCUACAACACAUUGAUGGACUUCGGAAGUGUCAGCAAAAUACAGGUGUUUAAGCUUGCCGGGUGCGAUCAUGAUCCGAUUGAAAUGACGAGCCUGGGGAAUUGCGGUCCUCCUCGUCGUUACCAUAUCUCCCUAGAGUUCUGGUACGCGAACUCGCCUUGGUGGAGCUCCUGGGCGGCAGAGAUGGGCGACUACACGCCGGUGAACCUCGGGAGCAUCGGCUACCCUGGCAAGGAAGGGAUGUUCAUCUUGGACCAGGCCGUGCAGAAAGCCUUGACAGAGCGAGGUCUCGCGCUGGAGUACUACCGCUCCUACAAUGCCACAUGGUACAAUCCCGCUCUGUAUGCCGCAGUGGUUGCAGACGUGAGCCUGGACCAGCUGCAGACUUGCGGUGACAGCGUGGAGGGCUACUUUCCCGACAUUGCUGCGGUGUACCUCGGUGCCACUGGCGACGUCGAUGGCGUGGAGGAGGUAAACGGCAAAACCGUGCUCAAGUGCUGGCAGGAUAAGUGGUGGCCAGCACCUGCCUGCCGGCACAACAUCUCUGGUUGCGUCACAGUGGUCUCCGGUGGUCCGGGAUGGGGAUGGCCUGAGAUGAUCCAACAAGCAUUCUUCCACAACAUGCCUUUGGCUUUUGCCACGGCGCAGCGAACGCCCGUCGACUAUUACAUCCCAUUGAAUCGUCAAUUGCAAAGCUUGCUCUACUGGUGGACGCCUGAUACCAAGUUCACCCUGGACAAUCCUUCGCAGGUCAUUUUUCCACCCAACAGCCCCUCAGAGUACGCGAACCAGAUCUUCAAGACCCAGCGGGAGAAUGUGGACUUGACCAAUUGGGCAGCGGUUGGUGUGGAAGCCAUUGCAGAUCGGGCGGUGGCGGUUGCAAGGAACCUCUUCAUCGCCGACGACGAGCUUUCUUCGAUUCUGGUGCAGCACCUCUCCGCCACGCCUCCUGAUCCCUGGCAGACGGCAUGCAACUGGCUGAAAGCAAAUUCAGCCGUGUGGAUGGCUUGGCUGCCGAAUGAGACGGCAUGCGCUUCUGGAAGGGGACUGGUGAAUUCCUUGGGUGAGCUCGUGCUGGACCGAUCGCUGGCCGUCAGCUGCCAGGUCUGCCCAGUGGGAACCAGCUCAAUGGAGCAGGGCUCCACACGGGUGUGCCUGCCGUGUGCAGAAGGCACCUUCCAGAAUUUGCCUGGCGAGUCCACCUGCAUUCCCUGCGAGCUCGGGAGAUUUGCCGACGGGACUGGUGCCGGAGAGUGUAGCGUAUGUGACCUGGGUGGAUAUGCCAACGACACAGGUAUGACUGCCUGUUUCAAGUGUGGCGCAAACACCACCCAGAUGGAUCAAUGGACGACUAGCAAAGCGGUGAUGAGUCAGGGAGAGAUAGCAUGGAUUCCAGUGCAGGGGGCAGUCUCAGAGUCCUACUGUGGAUGCGUGGAGGGGACAUACUACCACGAUGGGCUUUGCCGGCCCUGUGACGAGGGAUCCAUCUGUAGUGGAUCGAGCCGAAUCGAGCUGCUUCCAGGAUAUUUUUCGCCACUGGAAGAGCCUGGAUCGAUCUACCGGUGCUUCGGGCAGCCGGAGCGCUGCCCCGGCGGACCUCCUGGCACGUGUGCUUCAGGCCGUGACACCACCAGCAUCGCCUGUAGCAGCUGUUUGCCUGGACUACAUGCCAAGGACGGCGUGUGCGUGGAGUGCGUUGGAGGCGAUUAUGCCUUAAUCGUGAGUGUUGCGAUUCUUGUAAUUGGCGCCAUCGCUGUGCUCUACAUCGUGCUCAUGAACGAGGGUCAGAAGAGCAGACAGCCCGGCAGUCUUUUGAUUGCUGCCCUGGGCAUGGGCCAGAUGGUAACCGUGGUGCAGCAGCUCACGGUGAUCCAGCAAUUCAAAAUCGAAUGGGGUGAGCCUUUCUCGAGCGUUCUGGUGGCCUUGGAGGUCAUGGCGUUCGACAUGGACAUGAUAUCGAUCAGCUGCGUUGCUCCCAUGAGCCCCGUGGUGAAGUUUGCCACAAGGACACUACUGGUUCUGGUCUUCUUUUUGGUCGCUGCGGUGGUCCAUGCGGCGUUCUUGACAGUGCGUAAGGCGAAGGGCCUGCAGCUGAGUCUUCUGGCGCGGACAGUGGGUACUCUGUUCAUGGUCUUCUUCAUCUCGCUCUGCUCCUCCCUUCUGGCGCCCUUCCGAUGCGACAGUCAUCCCAAUGGACUCUCGACGGUCCAGGCAUACCACGGCGUCUUCUGCAAUGGCAGGGACGAACACCUGCAGAUGGCACUGAUUGGGGGCUUCGCUUGCCUUUUACCCAUCGCAUUCCUUGUCCUCUGCAGUUGGAUCAUUUUGCGCGAGCUUCCGAAGCGCCUGGAAAGUGCGGACGUGCAGUUCGUGAGGGCGUGCUCCUUUCUUUUCGUUCGGUUUAGGCCCGGAGCAGAGGUCUUCUCUGUGAUCUUCCUGGUGCGCAAUGGCCUUGUGGUGCUGUGCCCCUUGCUUCCUUCGACCUCGGGCAAGGUGCUGUGCUUGAAUCUGCUCUUAUACGUCAGUCUGGUUGUGACGGCCUUCAGCAAGCCCUGGAGAGCUAUGGCGUGUAACUACUUGGACAUCGUCCUGGUGACGGGCAUGCUGGUAAUCCUGGACAUGGGCUCGCUCUUUGUCGGAGAGGUCGAUGCCGAAAUCACAGUCGUGAUUUGCAUGCUCUUCUCAUCUUUAAUGGUGGCCGCCAUUCUGGGUGCCAUCCUCUACGGCAUCGUGAAGCAUUUUAUGCAGAAGUAUCGGAAGCCGUUCCGGUUCUUCCUCUGUCACCAGAAGGUGGCUGCUGGAAGCUAUGCACGUCUGCUCAAGAUGGAGCUGCAGAAGCGAGGGUCUCGUUUCACAACGUUCGUUGACUGCGAUGAUCUGAAUGAUCUUACACGGCUCUUCAGCUACGUUGGACAGGACACGGAGACUUUCGUCAUCCUCGGCAGCCAGGACAUCUUGACGCGGAAGUGGUGUGUGGGAGAGAUGGUAACUGCCAGGAUUCAAAAGGUGAACACCGUGCUGCUCAUGUGGCCUUCUUUCCUGAAGCCCGACAAAACCUUCAUUGAGAACUACACCAGCAUUGUCCCUGACAUUACCGAGUUAGCCAACUACAACAUCGGCAUUGCUGAGGUGGAAGAAACGCUGCGUUGGAUCAACACCGUCGAAGCCCUGGAAGUACCGGCUUUGCUCAGCACGGACACAAUCGAUCAGAUUGUCAGCGGCCUGACACAGACCAGCCGGACUCGAUCCAUCAGUGAUCAGAAAGAUCAUCCGGACUGUCUCAUCCUGGCGGACCUGGAGAACAUGGAGGCAGCUGCGACCGCGUACAUCCUCCUCGCCUUAAUUGUGCCCAAGCUCAUGGGGGCUUCCAGCAAUUCGAUGCCGCAAGUGCUUCAGCAAAGCCGUGACCUCCCACCUACGGCCAAGUCUGCGCUCGUAAUAUGCUCAGACGGAUGCUUCAGGUCAUGUGAGAUGGCGCAGUGGCUCUUGCAGGUGAGCCAGAUAGACUCCUGCGCCAUACUACCGAUCAUUGCGGAAGAUGGGUUCCGUUUUCCAACGCAGUCCUUCUACGACGACCUCUCCUCCUACUCUCAGCUUGAGAAGGUGGACCUCCGGACUUACGUCCGAGUGAUUAAGACAGUCUUCCAGGAAAUCGCAGUCGUCUUCUCACCCCAGAACUAUUCUUCGACGCAGGAGGACUUGGAGCUCCGGGCCAAGCAGGUAGCCUGGCGGCUGCAGAGUGGAGCGUUGAAGUCUGUGUCCUCCAAGCUGGCGGGCAAAGAAGGAGGCGACGAUGAGGAGAUGACGGCCUCGGAUGGGCUGAAAGAGUCUGCCAACGACAGCCAUAGUACGACGCUGGAAGAGAGCGUUGAUGCCUUGAAAGUACAUGAAGAGGCGUUCUAA